CCCUCUCUCCCAGGCAGCAUCCAAAGGUCGCUGCUGCUGUUCCAACCGAAAAGGCGAGGAGCGGCGGCCGUGGGGAGGAGUGUGAGGCCGCGAGCUCGAGCUCGAGCUCGGCCCUGAAGAAGAAGAAGAAGGCCUCCUUCCCUACCCCCCGAGCUCAAGCCCAGAGCAAAGCCCACUUAUGCCUGCCUAUGGAGUCAUCUAAAACUGAUGCCGGUGAUAAGCAUUUGGAGAGCUACCUGACACUGGGUUUGACAAUACCACAGUCAAAGAAAGGGGAUACCAACUUUCCAAAGGUCCUGUCGCUUCUUGCCACAUAUCUGGGCAGAUCAGUUCAGAAGAAUGAACAAUUACUAGGUUCUGAUAGAAUAAAGGAGACGACCACUAUUUUUCAUGGACAGAGGGUCCCAGAUCUUAGUAUACAGCUCUAUGCAGAGCGCAUUUUCAAGUAUGCCGAGUGCAGUCCAUCUUGCUUCGUGUUGGCACUUGUCUACAUGGAGAGAUAUCUACAGCAGCCAAAUGUGUACAUGACGCCCUUUAGCGUUCACCGGUUGCUAAUUACAAGUGUGGUGGUUGCUGCCAAAUUCACAGAUGAUGGGUUUUUCGACAAUGCGUUCUACGCUAGGGUUGGAGGAAUCAGCACAGUCGAGAUGAAUCGGCUUGAGCUGGAUUUGUUGUUUAAUCUGGACUUCAGGCUGAAAGUGAACCUAGAGACAUUUGGGAGCUACUGCUUGCAGCUGGAGAAACACGCACCGGUGUCACCAGAGAGACUCCCGGUUCAGGUUCAUUGUGUCAAGGGAUCUAAAGAUUUGAGCUAUAGCAACAGCAGCGCCGACGAGUUUUGCCAGAGCAAGCUAGUGCGCCAGAGCUACAGCAGCCAGGCUCUCCAAGGAUGUAGCUGACCAAUCUAUUUACGACCUGCAGUUUUGCAAAGAUUACUGAUUAUUCGUUUAGAUCUGACAUUUGUGCAUUCGGAUUGCAUUAAAUUGUUCUGAGGGUGUUUGAUUAGUAGGGAUUCGAUUCUGUUUUACUUCUGUAACACUGUAAUUCUUGCAAACCACUCUGUUUAAAUUUGCACAAUCGAGUUGGGAAACAACUGGCCUGGACAUUAUUCAGUCCUGUGAUAUCCAAUGCCGCGGUUUAACUGGA